AUGACCCGAUCCGGCCAAGCCACGACCCUUCGCCAAAGUAAAUUGUCCACUAGACUAUCCAAAUCCAAUCUUUCAAACCUCAACUUCACCCCACCACCCCCAAACAAGCAACCAAUCCCACAACCACCCACCACUCACCCGGAGGGGGAAAAACCGAAUUCUACGAUGCGCCGAAAGCUCAAUACCCUGCGGAAACCCCAAUUCCGCCAAUCCUGGUCCAAGUACGCCCUGUACAACAUGUCCCGCGCACCGCAGCCGCGCAUACCCUCUCAGAAGACCUUUUUCCAGCAAAAGUGGGCGGCGAAGGCGGAGGUGCGCCACUACCACGGGGAACACCUAACGAACCGGCAGUGGCAGAACAUCUUCCGCCACACCAUGAAGGCAAGCGUGCCCAUGCAGAACACGCGGCUGGCCCAGAACAACGGCAGCGAUAUGGCGAUGGGCAGGGGCAGUGGGCUGCAGGGCGAUGAGGGUUAUGGGAGGGUGAGGACGGUGCCGUACAUGAGUCAGUUGUUUUGGCCGAUGGAGAGGAGGCUCGACAUGGCCGUGCAUAGGGCUAUGUUCGCAAGCAGCGCGAGGCAGGCGAGGCAGUUUGUCGUGCAUGGGUUUGUGAAGGUUAAUGGGAAGAAGAUGGUGCACCCGGGUUAUAUGCUCAACCCCGGGGAUAUGUUCUCUGUCAAUCAAGACCAAGUACUUUUCGCAACCGGGCAGCCAAAGCGCAGUUUUAGGAAGACCGAGGGCGCAACGGAAACCAACGUCUCCACCGCCGAGGGUGAAGAAAAAGCUAAGGGAGAGGAAGACCAGGACAAAAUCGAAGCUAAGGAAGGAGAAACCGUAGAAGAUGCAGAUGCGGAGACUAAGUCUGAGGGAAAGGGGGCGGAAGCAUCAUCAUCACCAUCACCACCUAGCGAGAGCAAGCAAGUCUCGACCGAGGGAGAGACAGAGGAAGAGAUUAGGCUUAGAGAGGCCAAAGCAAAGCUCAAAGCUUUGAGCGAGGACCCGAAUAACGUCUUGGAUGUAACGAAGCCUUAUGCUACGCCUUGGAUGCCGAGGGACUAUAUGGCGCCUUUCGCGUUCAUUCCGAGAUAUCUCGAGGCAUGA